AUGUGGUUCGGAGAGGUGUCACUCUGUCCUCAUUCUUCAGUCUUUUCUCAAGUAGCUGAGCAACUGGUGCUGAGCAUCACUGCAAAGGCAACCAUUGGUAAGAAAUUCCAAGGCCAAGAAGAAUUCAUAUCACUUAUCAAGGAAGCCGUGGUUGUAGCAGGAGGUUUCAAGGUUGCUGAUCUCUUUCCUUCGGUUAAAAUGCUUGCUUUCAUAACUGGGCUGAGGCUUAGACUUGAGAAACUUCAUCAAAACUUGAUAGGGUAUUUACCAACAUCAUUGAUGACCAUAAAGCUAGGAAGGUGGAAACAUAGACCAAUGAUGGACAUGUUCAGUGGAGGGAUUGAGACAUCAUUUACAACUAUAAUCUGGGCAAUGUCAGAAUUGCUGAAAAACCUAAGAGUUAUGGAAAAGGUACAAGCCAAGAGUAGAGAGAGAUGUGAAAUCAAUGGAUAUGAGAUACCUGCUAAAAGCCAAGUCAUUGUUAAUAUAUGGGCAAUUAGUAGAGAUCCCAAAAAUUGGACUGAUCUAGAGAGUUUUCUUCUAGAGAGAUUCCUUGAUAGUUUAAUUGAUUACAAGGGGACUGAUUUUCAAUAUCUACCAUUUGGUGCUGGAAGGAGAAUAUGUCCUGGCGUGUCAUUUGGAGUAGCUAAUGUUGAGCUUCCACUUGUAAAUUUAUUGUAUCACUUUGACUGGAAACUUCCUGAGGGAUAG